AUGCGAUGCGAGGCCCGGCGGCUACGCUCUUUCCAAGGGUGGGAGGGUGCGGUUCCUGCGGCUGAAUUGGCCCGGGCGGGGUUCUUUUACUUGGGACCAGGGGACCGAGUGCAGUGCUUCUACUGCGGGGGAGUGCUGCGCUGCUGGGAACCCGGAGACAGACCACAAGUCGAGCACUACAAGUUUUUCCCGGACUGUCCCUUCGUUCAGGCGGACCGACCGGACGGACAGGUGUUGGGUCGCUGGGAUGACGAAGGGAGCCAAGCAGUGUAUCCUGAGCUAGAGAGUGAGCAGCAGAGACUGGACACCUACCGGAACUGGCCGCGGUACGCUGAGGUUAGCCCGGAGCAGCUGGCACAGGCGGGCUUCUUCUACACAGGACACACUGACAAUGUAAAAUGUUUUCAUUGUGAUGGGGGAUUAAGGAACUGGGAGAGAGGAGAUGAUCCCUGGAGGGAGCACGCUAGAUGGUUCCCAGAGUGCGAGUUCCUUGUGCAAAGUAAGGGUCAGGCGUUUGUUCGCACUGUGCAAGAGGCCUAUCUUAGCAGCCCUGAGAGCUCUCCAGAAACCCGCCAGCUAGAUAGACGCCAAGUCUCUUCCACUGAUUCCCCUGGUGACUUGCAGUUGCUUCUCCAGUCCUCAUCAGCACAGGGAGCCCUUCAGAUGGGGUUUGACCGGAGUCUGGUAGAGAGCCUGGUGCAAAGCAGGUUUCUGCUGACUGGAGCCGCAUAUGAUUCAGUGUUUGACCUUGUCACAGACCUAUUGCAGGCAGAAGAGGAGGCAAGAGUUGUUCACAGCCCAGAACCUGUGAGAAUCCCAGCUGCCCCGAUACAAACAAACCAUUCAGAACACCAACACCCAAAGGAACCAGAUGCCUUGCUAAGUACAGAAGAGCAGCUGCGACGUUUGAAGGAGGAGCGCAUGUGCAAAGUGUGCAUGGACCGUGAUGUCUCAAUGCUUUUUGUACCCUGUGGACACCUGGUAGUUUGCACAGAAUGUGCUCCUAAUCUGAGACACUGCCCUAUCUGCAGAUCCACUAUUCGUGGCAGUGUAAGGGCUUUUAUGUCCUGAUUAAUGGCAGAAAUACUUUUGUAUUGACACAACUGUACAAGGGCAGGAGUCGGUCACAGCUAUUUCAAAUGAUGGAGCUGCACAUACUUCUGUAACAUAAAUAAUUUUGAUCAGUUUGUAGAAUAAAUUAAAAUAUUUUAAUAUGAGUAAUAAGUAAAUUAAUCGGCAAUACUGUUAAAAAAAAUUUGCAAUAAAGUAUAUUUUAUGACUUUA